AUGGGCUCCCAGGUGCUACAGAUCCUGCGCCAGGGCGUGUGGGCGGCGUUGAGCGGCGGCUGGUACCAGGACCCGCACCAGGGCGCUGGGGUCAACGCGCUGCACCUCUACCUGUGGCUCUUCUUGCUCGGCUUUCCCUUCACCCUUUACAUGGCCCUUCCUUCUUCCAUGAUGAUAGUAGCUGUCUACUGCCCGGUGAUAGCAGCUCUCUUUAUCGUUUUGAAGAUGGUGAAUUACCGUUUGCACAGGGCACUGGAUGAGGGAGAAAUUGUGGAGAGGAAUGCCAGUGAACAUAUGGACAGAGGUGCUAAAACAGAACAAAGCAGUGUUUCAGCCAAAAGGAAAGACAGCAAUGGGCCCAGUGACCCUGGUGGAGGAAUCGAGAUGUCAGAGUUCAUACGAGAAGCAACUCCUCCUGUGGGCUGUAGUUCACGCAAUUCUUAUGCUGGGAUAGAUCCAAACAACCAGGUUGGAUCUGGGUUAUCUCGUCUGGCAACAGCAGCAACCAUCAAAGGAGAUACUGACACUGCCAAGACCUCUGAUGAUAUCAGUUUAAGUCUGGGACAGAGUUCUAGCCUGUGUAAAGAAGGGAGUGAAGAACAAGAUUUGGCAACUGACCGGAAGCUUUUUCGACUGGUGUCGAAUGACUCGUUUGUCUCCAUCCAACCUUCAUUAUCCUCUGGACAGGAUUUGCCAAGAGACAACAGUGACAAAGUGUGCCUCUCGAACAACCAGCUUGUGGACCAGUCUAAAACCGGUGCAUGUGAUGCAGAUGUAGCUUCACUUGUAACUCUGCAUUCUCACUCCUAUAGGAAGGAUCAUAGACCACGAGGUGUACCAAGGACUUCUAGCUCUGCUGUCGCUUUUCCAGAUGCUUCACUAAAUGACUUCCCCCUCUAUCAGCAAAAACGAGGACUAGAUCCUGUGAGUGAGUUAGAAGCUUCCAAGCCUCCUUCUGGGUCCAGAGAGUCCUUGGCUGAGAACUCUUGCAUUUCAGGAGUUUUUCAAUUAGAUGACAUUCUGAAAAGUAGCAGCCCUCAACCAUUGGCUAAGAGUGGAAAAAGCAAAUCCUUGAAAGCCGACAAAAGCGUGGACAGUCUGAGAAGCCUGAGUACUAGAAGCAGUGGUUCAACAGAAAGCUACUGCAGUGGGACAGAUCGUGACACUAACAGUACCAUCAGUAGCUAUAAAAGUGAACAUACCAGCUCAACACACAUAGAGAGUGUGUUGUCAGAGCAUGAGGAGGAGUCGCCUAGAGAAGAGAAAAGGGAUGGUAAGAAAAAGGACUGUGGUGUUGACUCAGAUAGUAGUUCUACUGACAAAAGAACUAGUAGUGAAAGGACUGCUGUGGAAGUGAGCACUAAUGAUGGUGUUCAAGCGGUAAAGGGUUCUAAUGCAUCUGAUGAGAUGCACAGUCAGAAAGGUCUUGGUGCCUCUGCUUCAGAGGAGGCCAAUAAGAACCCACAUGCCAAUGAAUUGACUACACAGGCUGACAGGCCGCCUGGGAAAGCUGCUGAACAAAGAGAUGAGCAGAGUGAGAAACUAGCUGUGUUAGUAGAUGCAAGAGCUUCUAAAGAAACAAGUGGAAAACAAAAAGAAGGAGAUGUUCGACCAAAAUCUUCUAGUUUAAUACAUCGAACAGCCUCUACCCAUAAGUCCAGCCGGAGAAGGACAGGAAAAAAGCGGGCUAGUAGUUUUGAUUCAAGUCGGCACAGGGAAUAUGUUUCCUUCCGAGGUGUAUCUGGUACUAAACCUCACAGUGCUGUGUUUUGUCAUGAUGAGGACUCCAGUGAUCAAAGUGACUUGAGCAGGACGUCAAGUAUGCAGUCAGCUCACCAGUUCAGCAGUGAUAGCUCUUCCAGCACCACCUCCCAUUCCUGCCAGUCUCCUGAGGGAAAGUACAGUGCUCUAAAGACCAAAUACGUUUCUAAAGAACGUGGGGGCACAGACUUUGACAAUGCUCACAAAAUCCAUGUAAGCUCUGAAGGAAUUAGCAAAAAACGAUCUACACGUCGGACUUCUAGCACAAACAGUGCCAAGAAUCGUGCCAGAGUAUUAAGCCUGGACAGUGGUACUGUGGCUUGUUUAAAUGACCCAAAUAGUUUAAUGGCACCAGGUAACAUAAAACAGUUAACCACUUCAAAAUCUGAUUUGGAAGCCAAAGAAGGAGAGGUGCUAGAUGAGCUAUCUCUGUUGGGAAGGGCUUCACACUUAGAGUCAGUCACACGUUCUAGGAAUAGCUUACCAAGCCAGGCUACAUUUCCUGACGGGGAAGAGCAAGAAUCAGCAAGUGGAGCAGCACAAGCCAGCGAGGAGACUGUCACAUUUCGCCGUGAACGCAGCACAUUUAGGCGUCAGGCAGUACGACGCCGGCACAAUGCAGGGAGUAACCCUACCCCUCCUACAUUGCUCAUCGGAUCACCCCUCAGCCUUCAAGAUGGUCUGCAAGGUCAGCAGCCUUCCUCCCAGGUCAGAGUGCAGUCCCGCCCCCCUUCCCAGGCAGCUGUGCUCAGCGCUAGCGCCUCCUUGCUGGUGAGAAAUGGGAGUGUCCACUUAGAAGCAUCACAUGCCACUGCAUCUGCUGUAGGCGGUAGCAGUUUACACGAUGAACUUGGUAAGUUCAGUUCUACGCUCUACGAGACGGGGGGCUGCGACAUGUCACUUGUGAACUUUGAGCCAGCUGCAAGAAGAGCAUCCAACAUCUGUGACACGGACUCUCAUGUAUCGAGUUCUACCUCAGUUCGCUUUUAUCCACAUGAUCUACUUUCUCUUCCUCAGAUCAGGUUGAACAGGCUGCUAACCAUGGAUACAGAUCUGCUGGAGCAGCAAGAUAUUGACCUGAGCCCUGACCUUCAGGACCACAUGCAACCUCAAGAGGAAGCAGCUCAAAAAGUCAAGCAGUACUAUCGCUUUUGGAUCCUGCCUAAGCUUUGGAUUAGCAUCAAUUUUGAUAGAUUAACUCUUCUGGCUUUAUUUGAUAGGAAUCGUGAGAUCCUUGAAAAUGUGUUAUCUGUCCUACUAGCUAUUCUAGUUGCAUUUCUGGGCUCUGUACUUCUUAUAGAGGGCUUUUUCAAGGAUAUUUGGGUCUUCCAGUUCUGCCUGGUAAUAGCCAGUUGUCAGUACUCGCUGUUGAAGAGCGUUCAACCAGAUUCUUCUUCCCCUCGACACGGUCAUAAUCGUAUCAUAGCCUAUAGUAGGCCUGUAUACUUCUGUUUAUGUUGUGGUCUUAUUUGGCUGUUGGAUUAUGGCAGCAGAAACAUAUCUACAACAAGAUUCAGGUUGUACGGAAUGGCUUUCACCAACCCAUUGCUGCUGCUGUCAGCCAGGGACUUAGUUAUAGUGUUUACACUAUGUUUCCCUAUAGUAUUCUUCAUUGGUCUCCUGCCUCAGGUGAACACAUUUGUGAUGUAUCUCUGCGAACAGCUGGAUAUUCAUGUCUUUGGUGGCAAUGCUACCACAAGCCUGCUUGCAGCACUUUACAGUUUUAUCUGUAGUAUUGUGGCAGUAGCAUUGUUGUAUGGACUGUGCUAUGGUGCCCUGAAGGAUUCUUGGGAUGGGCAGCAUAUUCCAGUUCUAUUCUCCAUAUUUUGUGGUUUGUUAGUGGCAACAUCAUAUCAUCUCAGCAGACAAAGUAGUGAUCCUUCUGUGCUUUUCUCUUUAGUGCAAUCAAAAUUUUUUCCUAAUUCUGAAGACAAAAACCCUGAGGAUCCUCUAUCUGAAGUGAAAGAUCCUUUACCUGAAAAACUUAGAAAUUCUGUGAGCGAACGAUUGCAGUCUGACCUGAUCGUGUGUAUAGUCAUUGGUGUCCUCUAUUUUGCAAUUCAUGUCAGCACAGUAUUUACAGUUUUACAGCCUAUUCUAAGUUAUGUUCUCUAUGCAUUGGUGGGUACGGUAGGCUUUGUGACCCAUUAUGUUCUGCCUCAACUCCGAAAGCAACUUCCCUGGCAUUGCUUUUCUCACCCACUGCUGAAAACCAAGGAAUACUAUCAGUUCGAAGUUCGAAGUGCUGCACAUGUUAUGUGGUUUGAGAAACUUCACAUUUGGCUCCUUUUUGUAGAGAAGAAUGUUAUCUAUCCACUGAUAGUCCUCAAUGAGCUUAGUAGCAGUGCUAAGAAUAUUGCUAGUCCAAAGAAACUGGAUACUGAGUUGGGUGCUUUAAUGAUCACAAUAGCUGGCUUGAAGUUACUGCGUUCAUCAUUCAGUAGCCCAACGUGCCAGUAUGUCACUGUUAUUUUCACAGUGCUCUUCUUCACUUUUGAUUACAAAAGUUUUACUGAGACCAUGCUGCUAGAUCUCUUCUUCAUGUCCAUUCUCUUCAGCAAGCUUUGGGAACUCUUUUAUAAAUUGAGAUUUGUUUAUACCUACAUUGCUCCCUGGCAGAUCACAUGGGGAUCUGCCUUCCAUGCUUUUGCCCAGCCAUUUGCUGUGCCACAUUCUGCAAUGUUGUUUGUCCAAGCAGCUGUGUCAGCUUUCUUUUCUACUCCACUGAAUCCUUUUCUGGGAAGUGCAAUAUUCAUCACUUCAUAUGCCAGGCCUGUCAAAUUCUGGGAAAGAGACUACAACACAAAGCGUGUGGAUCAUUCAAAUACAAGACUGGCUUCGCAGCUUGAUCGAAAUCCAGGUUCAGAUGAUAACAACCUGAAUUCAAUCUUCUAUGAACAUUUGACCCGUUCCCUUCAGCACAGCCUGUGUGGAGAUUUGUUGUUGGGUCGGUGGGGAAACUAUAGUACUGGGGACUGCUUCAUCCUAGCUUCUGACUACCUCAAUGCACUAGUACACCUUAUAGAGAUAGGAAAUGGCUUGGUCACCUUCCAGCUGAGGGGGCUUGAGUUCAGAGGAACUUAUUGCCAGCAACGAGAAGUAGAGGCCAUCACUGAAGGUGUAGAGGAAGAUGAAGGUUUUUGUUGCUGUGAACCAGGCCAUCUUCCUCACAUGCUUUCCUUUAAUGCUGCCUUUGGGCAGCGUUGGCUGGCUUGGGAGGUACUUGUGACCAAGUAUGUUUUGGAGGGCUACAGCAUCACUGACAACAGUGCAGCUUCCAUGCUUCAAGUCUUUGAUCUCCGGAAAAUUCUCACAACUUACUACGUGAAGGGAAUCAUCUAUUAUGUCACAACAUCCCCCAAGCUAGAGGAAUGGUUAGCUAAUGAGACAAUGCAGGAAGGACUGCGGUUGUGCACAGACCGCAAUUAUGUUGAUGUAGACCCGACAUUUAACCCCAAUAUUGAUGAGGAUUAUGACCACCGUCUAGCAGGGAUCUCAAGAGAGAGUUUCUGUUUGAUAUAUUUGAACUGGAUAGAAUAUUGCUGCUCUCGAAGAGAAAAGCCACUGGAUUCAAGUAAAGACUCACCCCUGGUAACAUUGUGUUACGGACUGUGUGUGCUGGGGCGGAGGGCAUUGGGAACAGCUUCACAUCAUAUGUCUAGUAAUCUGGAAUCCUUCUUGUAUGGCCUGCACGCCCUAUUUAAGGGUGACUUCCGUAUAUCUUCAAUUAGAGAUGAGUGGAUCUUUGCUGACAUGGAAUUGCUGAGGAAAGUAGUGGUUCCUGGAAUACGGAUGUCACUUAAGCUACAUCAGGAUCACUUCACUUCUCCAGAUGAAUAUGAUGAUCCUUCUGUCCUUUACGAAGCCAUAACAACCCACGAAGAAAAUCUAGUUAUAGCACAUGAAGGGGACCCUGCUUGGCGCAGUGCAGUGCUUUCCAAUUCACCUUCCCUCCUUGCUCUGCGCCAUGUGAUGGAUGAUGGCACCAAUGAAUAUAAAAUCAUUAUGCUGAAUAAGCGGUAUCUCAGCUUCAGGGUCAUUAAGGUGAAUAAGGAGUGUGUGCGAGGCCUGUGGGCAGGACAGCAGCAGGAGCUUGUCUUCCUGCGUAAUCGUAACCCAGAAAGAGGAAGUAUCCAAAAUGCAAAACAAGCUCUGAGGAACAUGAUUAAUUCCUCUUGUGACCAGCCAAUUGGAUACCCAAUCUACGUCUCACCUUUAACUACUUCCUAUUCAGAUAGUCAUGAACAGCUUAGGGAGAUUCUCGGGGGAGCUAUCAGCUUAGGAAAUAUCAGAAACUUCAUAGUUUCUACGUGGCACAGACUAAGGAAAGGCUGUGGAGCUGGCUGCAAUAGUGGUGGAAACAUAGAAGAUUCGGAUGCUGGAGGUGGAGCUUCUUGCACAAGUAACAAUGCAACUAUCAAUGAGUCUCAGAGCAGCAUGUCACAAGGAGGAGGGAAUGCAAAUACAGGGCAGGCACCUGGAGCAGUACAGCACCCUCCUGUUGCAGCUCAUCCCACAGCUCUUCCUGCAGCUCAUCCACCAGCUCAUCCCUCUACUCUGGGCACCAGUCACAGCUCUCACUCUGUGCAGUCCAGCCUUGUCAGACAUUCCCCUGCCCGUGCCUCAGUAGCUAGCCAUUCAUCUUAUUGCUACGGCAGUCGUCAUUCAUCUCUUCGCACAUCCACAACGGGCUUUGUGCCUUGUCGGCGCUCUUCCACCAGUCAGAUAUCCCUUCGUAACCUCCCAUCAUCCAUCCAGUCCCGCCUCUCCAUGGUGAACCAAAUGGAACCUACUGGCCAGACUGGGGUCAGCGCGCAGCAUGGACUGCCCUCUUCUAGCAGCUCCAGCCAAAGCAUCCCAGCCUGUAAACAGCAUGCCCUUGUGGGCUUUCUAGGGACAGAAGGAGGGAGUAAUGCAACUGACUCUCAGUCAGGUGGCAAUGCAAGCCCUGCAAAUCAAAUGCAAGCCAAAAAGGAUGACGUUAUUUACAGAAUCCAGUUAAUGGAUCCCAGUCAAGUACUGGAAGGGAUCAACGUGUCAAAAAGGAAAGAGCUGCAGUGGCCAGAUGAGGUGAUACGGCUAAAAGCUGGAAGAAACAGCUGGAAAGACUGGAGUCCUCAGGAAGGCAUGGAAGGCCAUGUGAUUCACCGCUGGGUGCCUUGCAGCAGAGAUCCAAGUAGUCGGUCCCAUAUAGACAAAACCAUCCUGCUGGUUCAAAUCGAAGAUAAAUACGUUGCUGUUGUUGAAACUGGAGUCCUUGAACUUGGGGCUGAGGUGUAGAAUCUCUUUGAGACUGAAACUUCCUUUUGUCCAAUGGUUCAGAAGGGAAAAGGGUCCCGAAGAAGCAGCUCCCAGGACAUGAAACUUCAGUCCAGUUGUAGGAAAGGACUUGAAACACAGAUUUGUCUAAGUCCCUUUUCCCAAAUAAACAAGUGUAUGAAAUUUUUUUCAGUUGUUAGCUGCUGAAGAAACAUUUGCAUGAAGGAUAGAUUUGUUGAGACAUAUCUUUUU